AUGUUCGCGAUUUUCGCACUUCUGUUUUCGAUAGUCCUCGCGUCUGACAAGAACUUGAACAGAAUGGAUUUGAAAUGUGCGGGAUUUGCUAUUCAUAAUGUAUCUCUUUCUGCAUAUUAUCCUGUAUUCGAGACGGACGAUAAACGUAAUUAUCUAGAUGAUCAAGGAAAUGGAUUGAAGACUCUUCAGGAUUAUCUUGAUGGUCGUGCUCAUUACGUUUCUGUCGCUGGUAAUUUAAAAUCUGGCAUCCCAUAUGGAACGAAGAUAUGCAUAGAAGAAUUGAAUGAGCAAUUCGGGAAACAAAUUCCCAUGCAGAUAAGGGAUCAGAGUGAUUACGAAAGCAAUAAACUAAUCGAUUUCUCGAGAUUGGAAAUUUGCGUCAGGACUGAGGAGGAUACUUAUGAUAAAUACCUCAACGAUUUUGUUACUAUCUAUAUAUAA